CGGGAGCGGAGCGGCGGCGGCGGCGGCCUCGGGACCGGCAGCGGCACCGGGAGCGGGUCCGGGACCGGCGGGGGCCGCAUGUGCGGGCGGGGGGCGGCGAGGGCGGCGUGGGGCCGAGCCGGGAGGAGCUGCCGGAGCCGCCGGAGCCGGCGAGCAGCCUCGCUCUCCGCCGGGAUUUAUGGAGGUGCCGAGAAGCAGCUUUGAGCACUGCAGCCCCCGGCCGCCUCGCCUUGCCCGGCGUCCCGACCUUCGGAUUUAACCAUUCAAGGCUCCCGUGCAUGGAUUGCCCGAGCCAGGCACCGCUGCCGGCCGCCGCCGCCGCCGCCCCGUAGGCUCCCGGCCCCCCUUGCCGCCCCCAAGUACUCCACAUACCCCGAUGGGGUAACGUGACGGGGCCACCGCCGUGCCACCACCAUCCCCAUACGCAGAGGCCUUUCUAGAGCGCGGCACCGGAGGCGACAGCCGCUCGCCAUUGCACACGCCGAGGACGCCGACACUACAGCAAAGGGAUUUUUAUUUUUUUUUUUUUGUAAUUAUUAUUAUUAUUAUUGUCAUUAAUAUUAUUACUACCGUUUGGCUUUCACCCCGGGGGGGCUUGCGGUGUGUCGAGGAAGCCGGCGCGCUCCCAGGAGCUGGGAUUAUUUGCACAACGUUUGUACAUUGAGUUCUCGAUCCUGUUUUUGGUGUUUUUUUUGUGUUUUUUUUUUUUUUUUUUUUUUUUUUUUAAAGCGCAGAGGGGUGUUGGGUUUUCUUUUCCCCUCCACGCCACGCUUUUCUUGGAUUUUUCCCUCCCCCUCCCCCCCCACCGCCGCCAUCAGCAUCACCUCUGCGUCACCGUCCCCCCAUCCCACCAUGGCCCGGAUGAACCGCCCUGCGCCGGUGGAGGUCUGCUACAAAAACAUGAGGUUCCUCAUCACCCACAACCCCACCAACGCCACACUCAGCACCUUCUUGGAGGAUCUGAAGAAGUACGGCGCCACCACGGUUGUGCGAGUGUGUGAAGUGACCUACGACAAGACCCCCCUGGAGAAGGACGGCAUCACCGUCAUGGACUGGCCGUUCGAUGACGGAGCGCCUCCUCCCAGCAAGAUCGUGGAAGACUGGCUCAACUUGCUCAAGACCAAGUUCUGCGAAGACCCCGGCUGCUGUGUGGCCGUGCACUGCGUGGCCGGCUUGGGGCGCGCUCCUGUCCUCGUCGCGCUGGCCUUGAUUGAGAGUGGGAUGAAGUACGAAGACGCCAUCCAGUUCAUCCGACAGAAGCGCAGAGGAGCCAUCAACAGCAAGCAGCUGACGUACUUGGAAAAAUACCGACCAAAGCAGAGACUCCGAUUUAAGGACCCUCAUAACCACAAGAACAAAUGCUGCAUCAUGUAACCUCAACGACCUCUUGCCAAAACCCGUGCACACAGACACCCGGGCACUCGCACGCAUCCCCCUCUCUCCUCCCAACCCCAUGCACCCCAUGCACUGCCCCGCUUGCGGACCCCACUAAUAGGGGUCGGGGUUUUGGGGGACAUGGAGCACCCCCGAUGUGUGCCGGCACCCGGAGCACACUCACCUUGCUGAAUCCACCCCAAAAAAGGAUGCUCAGUCCAGUCAAAGCCCCGAGGAGGGAAGGCGGUACUGCCCUUUGACUCAGCGCUAGCAGGCAAUGAGUUCCUGGGGUGCCGGUUCUUUGUCUCUUUCCUCCUCCUCUUCCUCCUCCCCUUCCCCUCUUGUUGCACUGAAAGCAAGUCCCGGCGUGAGGAGGGAUGGAUGGACACAGGGACAUUUGGUAUUGGGGGGACAUGGGCCGGGCUGUGCCAGCCAAGGAGGGAUGGGGAGCAGGAGGGCCGGGGCACCCCCCAAAAAAAAAACCUUUCCACCUCUUCCCAAGAAAUAAGGGCUGCAGCAGCAGGGAGAGAGGUGGUGAUGGGAGGGAGGGAAGAAGGGGACUCGUAGCAUGAUGCUGGCCCUGUGGCCUCGGGAAGGGCUGAGCUAAGUCCCCCCAGCACCGUUCCCUUUCUCCUGCCCCCCUCUCCAUCACCAUCUCCCUGCGGGGCUUGCAGGGGGCUUGCUUCCCCCUCCGGGUCCCACAGGGCUGCAGUGAAGGCAGGGGCACCAGGAAAUUCGGGGAUCGCUUUGAGGCACCCAGAUUUUGGGGAUGCAGGGGCAGCACUGGAUGCCUCCAAGUGUGGGGUGCUCUUAUUUACAGCUUCCAAACUCAAAGUAGAGGGUGGUGGUUUCUCUCUCCCCGCAUCCCCCCAGCUGAGCUCGCAGCGAUGCUGCAGCACCGAGCAUGUGCUCAGCAUCUUUCCCAUUGCACCACAAAGCCACAGAGCAAACCCAAAUUCUGCCCAUGAUGCCCUGGGAACACAAAGUCCGUCUCGGGGCACAUCCACAUCCUCCAGCACUGCGUUUGCUGGCCGAAGGGCCCAGGCCGCAGCUUUCCUGGGGGAUUUGGAGUGCUCCUGGCAAGAGCACGUCACCAAAUUUUGCACCUGCCUCUCCCCUCUCCUCCCUCGUGGCACCUGCACCGUGUGCGCUUGGCACCCCAAAAAACCUUGGUGCGUGCCAUGGGGUGGGUGCAGAGCUGCCCCCAAGCCGGGAUGUGAAACAUCUCUCAACUUUCUGCCUUUGAACGCUUGCAGCAGCGGGAGCGGUGGGCACGUAGGGGGCACGGGGGUGUUUUUUUUUUUUCUUUUGAUGAGGGUAAGAAGAAAUUUGCUAAUUAAAGGAAAAAAAAAAAAAA